AUGGUUAACGAUGGUGAAGUUAAUCAGAGAAAAGUUAAUGAAGCAAUGGAAGUUGAUGAACAUGUUGCAAUGGAUACUGAUGAAGAAGGUGGAUUCAAAGUAGAUGAUGAUAUAUACAUACCACCACCUAUCAAAACCUCUCGUGAAAUUGAUACUAACGGUCCUAGACUGAUGAUCAUAAAGAUUGUUAAUGAAAAUUUUAAAAGUUAUGGCGGAACCCAAAUUAUUGGUCCAUUUCAUAAGUGCUUUUCAGCUAUUGUUGGUCCAAAUGGUAGUGGUAAAAGUAAUGUUAUAGAUUCAAUGUUAUUUGUAUUUGGAUAUAGAGCUAAUAAGAUUCGGUCGAAGAAGCUAUCAGUUUUAAUACAUAAUUCUAAUAACUAUCAGAAUAUUAAUAGCUGUACAGUGUCUGUACAUUUUCAACAAAUUAUUGAUAAACCUGAAAUAGAUUAUGAUGUUUUUCCAAAUAGUGAAUUUAUUAUAUCUCGAACAGCAUUUAAAGAUAAUACCUCAUACUAUGAACUUAACAAAAAAAAAGUACAGUUUAAAGAGAUUGGAAAGCUUUUAAGAUCCUAUGGUGUGGAUUUAGAGCACAACCGUUUCUUAAUCUUACAAGGAGAAGUUGAGCAAAUAGCAAUGAUGAAACCUAAGGCACAAACUGAAAAUGAUACUGGUAUGCUUGAAUUUUUGGAAGAUAUAAUUGGGACAGUUCGUUACAAGGAACCAUUAGAAAAACUAUCAGAGAAAGUAGAAGUUUUAUCAGAAUAUAGAGUUGAGAAGUUAAAUCGUUUAAGAAUUGUUGAAAAAGAAAAAGCAGCACUGGAAGAACCCAUGCAAGAAGCAGUUCAAUAUUUACAAGUAGAAAAUGCUAUAACGAAGAUACAGCAUCAACUUUACCAUUAUAAGAGAUUUGAAACUAUGAAAGAAUUAGUGCAGCAAGAGAUCAAAAUUGAUGAAUUGGAUAAAGAUAUGUCAGAUCUAGCAAACAAAAUGAAAGAAAUUCAUGACGAAAAAGUUAAAAAAAAUAUAUUAGUUCAGGAAAGAAGGAAGAAAUGGGAUGACAUACAAUUAAAAAAAGAUGAAAUAUCAACCCAGUUUGAUAGUAUUCGUAAACAAGAUGAAUCACUCCAUGCAGAAUUAGUGGAGACUAAUAAACGUCGGAAAGCAAAUAUGGCAACAUUAAAAUCAGAAAAAUCCAAAAUAGAAGAGCUUAGUAGAGUACCUGAAAAAAGCAUGAAAGAUAUUCAAGAAUGUGAACAGCACAUUGAAAGUCAUAUAGAAACAAAGGAACAAGAAGAACUAGUAUUAGAAAAAUUAAUGGUUGGAUUGCGUGAGAAAACAGAGCCAUUAUUAAAUGAACGUUCUAAACUUGAAAAUAAAUUGAUAUCUUUAAGGAAAGACGUUGACCAAGCACAAGCAGCUUUCAAUAUUGCUCAAUCUAAACUAGAAUUGUGCACCUCUGUAGAAUCUAGAGAAAGACAGAAAUUAGAAAAAUUACAGAAUUCCUUAAAAUUAACAUCAGAUACUUUAGUAGAAAAAGAACAGCAACUGCAGAGCUUACAACUAAGAAUUCCAGCAUGUCAACAAAAUUUGAUACAAGCACAACAGGCAUUAGAGAAAGUAAAACAGAACGAGAUUGAAGUGACUACAAGGUUGAAGCAGAUGAGAAUUUCGUUUGAAGAAAAAAAGUCUGCUAUGCAAGCAAGUAAGUCGAGGAACAAAAUUAUAGACAGUUUAAUGCGAGAGAAAAGGGAAGGAAGACUUUCUGGUAUAUUUGGCAGAUUGGGUGACCUUGGUGCUAUAGACGGAAAAUAUGAUAUUGCGAUUUCAACAGCUUGUGGUUCUCUGGAUAAUAUUGUAGUUGACACUGUAUCCACAGCACAAGCAUGUAUAACAUUUCUUCGGCAGAAUGAUAUAGGACGUGCCACAUUUAUUCCAUUAGAAAAACAGGAACGUCUGUUAGCACGAUGUAAACAAAAAAUACAGACACCUGAGAACGUUUCGAGGCUGUUUGAUCUUAUACAAGUUGACGAUGAGAGAGUAUUGCCAGCAUUCUAUUAUGGGUUACAAGAUACAUUAGUAGCAAAUGAUUUAGAUCAAGCAACACGUAUUGCAUAUGGUCAUAAACGCUUUCGAGUUGUUACCUUAAAGGGUGAAUUAAUUGAAUUGUCGGGUACAAUGAGUGGAGGAGGAAGAACAGUAUUAAGGGGAAGAAUGGGGCAAAAGGUUUUAAGAAAUGAACUGUCUGUUGUUGAUAUUGAAAAAUUGCAAGAAGAUUUGGAUAGAACAUUCAAAGAGUCUACUAGACUCAGAGCAGAAUAUCAAUCUUUAGAAAAUCAGGUUCACACUCUAAACGUAGAUUUACAGGAAAUGACCGUCAGUACAAAAAAGUUACAUAUCCAAGUCAUGACAUUGCAUGAACAAGAACCAUCAUUACAAACGCAAUUGAAAAUCCAAGAAAACAAAGUUCAGGAGUCGGUAGCGGACCCACAAACAGUUAAACUGCUACAGAAAGAGAUGGACAUAGCUGAAAAAUUUCUACAGAAAGUAAAGGAAAGUUCGAAGUCCGUUGAAAAUGAAGUACUAUCUAUUAAUGGAAAAAUCGAAAAGAUAUCAGGAAGUCGUGUGAAGGAUCAGCAAAAGAUCAUAUCUAAUUUAUGUAAAUUGAUUGAUAAAGCUAAAGCAGAAAUUUGUAGAUUGCAAGUUGCGAUGAAAACAUCAGAAAGAAACGUGAAAAAAAUUGAACAACACAUAAGUACCCUCGAAAAUGAUGUGCAUACUUGCGAGCAAAGACUUCGUGAUAUUCAAAAAGAAAAACAAGUAUUAGAGGAGCAAGGAAAAAAGUAUUUAGAAGAACUUAAUGAACUUGCAGAAGCUCUUUUGGAAAGAGACAGCGUUAUGCCAGCCCUUAAAGAGGAAUUAAACGCUUUGCAGUCCCGAGAGAAUAAAAUGAAAGCCAUUAAAAUUGAUCUAGAUCAAAAGCUAAAGGAAUGUCAAAAUGGAGUAAAGGAAUUGAAACAUCAAAUUCCAGAUUAUACGAGAAGAAUUGCUGCAUUGAAGCUUCAAGCGAUACCUGGUGAAAAUUCAGAAGACUUAAAAGAAUUAACUGAAGAAGAACUGAAUGAGUUAGAUGAAAAAACACUUGUAAGUAAUUUACAUAAAACUAAGAAAAGGUUACCGACAGAAAUUCCAAAUAUGCAGCUUAUCGAAGAGUAUAGAGAAAAAGAUGCAUUAUAUUUGCAACGUGCAACAGAUUUGGAAGAAAUAACUACAAAACGCAACAAAAUGCGAGACAUUUAUGAAUCUGCAAGACGUCGUAGGAUUCAAGAGUUUCUUGUCGGUUUUACUAUAAUUACAGAUAAAUUAAAGGAAAUGUAUCAAAUGAUUACAUUGGGUGGCGAUGCAGAAUUAGAGUUGGUUGAUUCUUUGGACCCUUUUAGCGAUGGAAUUGCCUUUAGUGUAAGACCACCUAAGAAAUCUUGGAAAAAUAUUUGUAAUCUUAGCGGAGGUGAAAAAACUUUGAGUUCUCUAGCCCUUGUAUUCGCGUUGCAUCACUAUAAACCAACUCCUCUUUAUUUUAUGGACGAAAUCGAUGCUGCUUUAGAUUUUAAGAAUGUUUCAAUUGUUGGAAAUUACAUCAAAGAAAGGACGAAAAAUGCACAAUUUAUAGUUGUAUCCUUAAGGUCGAAUAUGUUCGAGCUAGCAGACUAUCUUGUCGGAAUAUAUAAAACAUACAACUGUACAAAAAGUGUUACUGUUGAUUUAAGGAAGUAUUACGAAAAAAAUGGAAUUGCUCCUCCGACACAAAUUACUUCAAAAAGUAUUUAUUCCAGUCAAGUACAAAAAUUCGCUGUACCCACUCAGUCGAAGGAAAGUCCUACAAUGUUAAACGCCAACACUGCACAAACAGUAGACAAAAUUCAAGAAACGAACGAAAAUAGUUCAUUAGAAUCGCUUGACUUAGGAUUGUGCCCGACGCCAGAAGUGACAUCCGUUCGAAGUCGACGGUCUGUUGUCAAUAGCAUAAUAAGCACGGAUGAUCAGGAUAGCGAUACAAAACCGCAAAAAAAGAAACGGAGGAGGUAAAUAAUAAUAAAAAUAAUAUUUCGUAUAGGUGUGAGUUCUUAGAGAACAUCCUAUACA